UUACAUAAUAUCCUAAAACGAAACCAAUAAAUCGUAUGACAACGUGAAUGCAGUUUUCUAGGACGAACGGGUCAAUAACUGUUAAGUAUUUCAAGUUCAAACAAUUUGUUGGUAUUUGUUUUCAUUCUCAUUCAUAUCUGCGUCAGAUAACCACCAUAUUUUUUUUAUUCUGGGAAAGUGUUGUCUAGUUUCUGCAGCGUUUUAGUUACCUAAUCUAUUAAAAAUACUUCCGAAAGAAUACAAGUUCAGUGUGCAAUUGUGGAACUACAAUGUAAGUGUCAUAAACGUGAAGUAUAUGCUUCUUGAAAUUAAUUAAAAAUUCAAAGACAUGGCAGAUCCCAUUACACUUCCGCAUGUUGUGCGUGAAAACCUAGAGGCGCUACUAAAAGAACUAAACAUAAGCGAAUAUGAUCUAAACUUCUCUAAAGGUUCUUCUAAAGGUGAUAACUACCUAGGAAUAAUAACAAAAGUGAAAGUGGUCGAACUGAAUGGUUCAAGAAUAUUAAAUUUAGUCAUUAAAAGUGCUCCACAAGCUUUAGAGUUUAGGAAUUAUAUUAAGAUUGAGAUUUUACACGAAAGAGAAGUUUUUAUGUACGAACAAGUUUUUCCAGAACUCGUCAAAUUUCAGGAAAAUGCAAAUUUGAAAGACAUUUUUAAUCCCACGCCAUUUUGCUAUAAGACCAGUGUUACUGCUCCUUAUGAACAUCUUAUAUUUGAAGAUAUGAUGGCAAGUGGAUACAUGAUGAAAGAUAGGAAAUGUACAACAGAUUUAAAUCACUGUACCACAGUUCUUCAAGCUUAUGGUAAGUUCCAUGGACUAGCCCUAGCUUUAAAAAUAAAGAAACCAGAAAUAUACAGAAGACUGUCCGAAGCUGCUAGAGAGUCUUACUUUAAUAAUGUCGAUUUAAAUAAUUUAUGCAAAACUGUAAAAGCUGGUACAGAUAAAGUCGUUAACAAACUAAAUGCUAAGGAUGAUCAGUUACUAAUAGAUAAAUUAAACAAUUUCACGGAAUAUCCAGUGAAUGGAUUAUUAGAAAAUUUAUCUAUUGAGGCAGCAGAUGGGGAAGCAGUAUUUUGCCAUGGAGAUUGUUGGAUAAACAACUUACUAUUUAAAUAUAAGGAAGGCAGCUCAGCACCCUCUGAGGUAUGUAUUUUGGACUGGCAACUGAGCAGAUGUGCCUCACCAGCGAUAGAUGUUUCUUACUUCAUCUUUGCAUGUACGGAUAAAGAGUUGAGGGAUUCUUAUUACGACCGUCUUCUGAAUACAUACUAUUCAAGCCUCUCAUCUGUACUUUUGCAGUUCGGUUGCAAUUCAGACGUUUUUUCCAAAGAGACUUUCCUAAGCCAUAUGAAGAGAUUUUCCAAAUACGGCCUGAUGAUGUGUUUUAUCGCUGUGCCCCUCUUUGCUGCUGAUUUAGAUGAAAUUCCUGACUGGACGGCCAAUAUGAAUCAGGGUGAACGAGAGAAAAUGUUCACAAAAGAAAGAAAAAGUGAGGCUUAUAUUGUAAAAAAACUAACCGAAAUUGCAAAAGAUUUUGUUAGGUUGGGGUAUUUAUAAUAGAUGGCAUGAUAUUUAAGUAGUAAUUUUUAUGUAUUUUUAUGUGAUUUUUUUAUAUUAUUUAAUAUAUUUUUUCAUAUUAAAAUUGUUCAUAAACUAA